UCGUUGAAACCCUUUUCUCCAGCCACUUUGGACAUCUAGUUUUGGGGUUUUAGGGUUUUUGCAUAGAAUCCCAACUUUUCUCUAUCUGUUUCCCAAAGCCAGCCAUGACUGCUCAAACCCAGGAAGAGCUCCUCGCUGGCCAUCUCGAGCAGCAAAAGAUCGAUCCUGAUGAGCCUGUAGUUGAAGAUGAAGAUGACGAUGACGAAGAUGAUGACGAUGAUGAUGACAAGGAUGACGAUGAAGCUGAGGGACAACAUGACGGAGAUGCCAGUGGUAGGUCAAAGCAAAGCAGAAGUGAAAAGAAAAGCAGGAAAGCAAUGUUGAAACUUGGCAUGAAACCUAUCCUGGGUGUUAGCCGGGUCACUGUCAAAAAGAGCAAGAACAUAUUGUUUGUCAUCUCAAAACCAGAUGUUUUCAAGAGUCCAACUUCAGACACGUAUGUAAUCUUUGGGGAGGCGAAGAUCGAGGAUUUGAGCUCUCAACUGCAGAGUCAGGCUGCAGAGCAGUUUAAGGCUCCUGAUCUCAGCCAUGUGAUUUCCAAACCCGAGUCUUCAGCUGUGGCACAAGAUGAUGAAGAAGUAGAUGACACUGGGGUUGAACCAAAGGACAUUGAGCUGGUGAUGACACAAGCAGGAGUCUCUAGGCCAAAGGCUGUGAAAGCAUUGAAGGCUGCCAAUGGGGACAUAGUUUCAGCCAUCAUGGACCUUACCAACUAAGAGAAGCUUUUAAUUUUGUUUUAUGUUUCAUAAAUUAGCAGUUCUUAUGUGGUUUCUUGAUCAUGUGAGCUUUAUGAAGGUGGAUCUUUUUUUUCCUUUCUUUUUCUUUUUUCAAUAUUACUGAAUUUUUAUUUUUCUUUGUUCUUUCUGUUGUACUAGUAACGAACCGAGAAAUGCAUUGAGUGAUGUUUCUCUAUA